AUGACGAAUUACCCAGGUGGCAAACUGAUCAAACCGAAGCUUGCAUGCACCAACCACAUGCAUGAGGUACUCAAAGGAUGGAAGGAUGGCCAGAUUAAGUGGGUCGAAUUGACAGAAGAUCAAGUUGAAAAGAGGCGUGAAGAGCUAGCUGCACUCACCACGAUAGUCAACCCCAAUGAGACUGCCCACUCUAUUGCAACAGAUGGUGAGGACAAGGAGAAUAACAUUGGGUCAGCGAAUAUCCCUUCAGGAUCUGUGGCCCUGGCUGUCACCCCAUCACCCCUCCAACCUAACGCCACUCAGGCCCCAAUAGUGACAAGUGGAGAGGCAGCGACUGCUAUUAUAAGAGUACAAAAGAAAGAGAGGAAUGUGCUUAACGACUACCAGUGGGGCUUGGGGAGGACAAGAUCAGAGGAACUAUCUAUGAUGGCAAUAACAAGAACGACUAGUGCUAAGAUUGAUGUGUAA